AUGAGGAGACGUCCGUCGGGCUCAGGCGAAGAUGAGGACGUCCGCAAGUCUGCCAGCACCGCCAGCAGCCAGGACAAGGAGAGAGCCGAGAGCGUCAAGAGCCGCGGAGGCACCCCCAGCAGUGCGAUUGCAGGAGAGAUGACAUCGCGGGACAACAGUACGGGUGCCACUCGCGGCACAACGCGACAAUCCCUGCGCAUACAGGAGCGCAACGAGCGCAACAAGAGCAGAGACGUCAGCCUGUCGCCCGCCUCAGAACAGAGGACCACCACGGCCACCGCGCCGCCUGCCGCUCCAUGGCCGCGCACACCUAUCUCCAGCCCGGCUCUGGAGAAGAACCCGCUGAAUGACCCUCACGAGCCCACCACCCCCAAGGGCACCCCCAAGGAUACACCCGCGCCCAUCGCCGACCACUUGCGCCAGACCGAUUUGCGACUGCGCUCGCCGUGGCGCUGCUCACUGCUGACGCUGGCCACGAGUAUCAGCGCAAUACUUCUGCUCCUCACCGUAGUACACUCCUUCCUGAAUCGCCAGCAAGAUCCCAAGGGAUGUCAGAUGUCAUACAUGAUGCCCAGCUUCGCGCGCUUCUCCGACUUCGACACCGAACACACUCGCUUUGCCAGCAAGUACUCGCUGUACUUGUAUCGAGAAGGAGGUGUGGACGAGGAUACACGAGUGAGGGGAAUUCCAGUCCUCUUUAUACCUGGGAAUGCUGGUAGCUACAAGCAAGUGCGCCCCAUUGCUGCUGAGGCUGCGCACUAUUUCCAAGACGUUCUGCGCAAUGAUCCGGAAGCAAUUCGGGGUGGGAAGAGGCCGCUGGACUUCUUCACCGUGGACUUCAACGAGGAACUCAUCGCAUUCCACGGCCAGACGCUCCUGGACCAGGCCGAGUAUCUGAACGAGGCCGUGGCAUAUAUCCUGGCAUUGUACCACCAGCCGCAGCGCUCGGUGCGGGAACCUGGCCUUCCAGAUCCCAAAUCCGUCAUCAUUCUGGGUCACUCGAUGGGCGGAGUAGUAGCGAGGGCAAUGCUUCGGAUUCCCAACCACCAGGAGCACACCAUCAACACGAUCAUAACAUUAUCUGCGCCUCACGCAAGACCUCCGAUCUCCUUUGACCCAGCCAUGGUCGAGACGUACAACGACAUCAACACUUUCUGGAGGGACUCGUACUCUGGCCUUGUGGCUGGAAAGAAUCCAUUAGAGAAUGUGGUUCUGGUAUCUGUUGCGGGAGGUGGCUUGGACACCAUGAUCCCCUCCGAGUACACAAGCUUGACGUCGCUUGUGCCUGAGACACACGGUUUCACGGUCUUCACUUCGAGCAUACCCAAUGUCUGGACAGGAAUGGAUCAUCUGGCCAUUAUGUGGUGCGACCAAUUUCGGAAAGCUCUUGUCAAAGCCAUCUUUGACGUCGUCGAUGUGCGGCGAUCAUCGCAGACUCGAAGUCGGCCGGACAGAAUACGCGCACUGAGGAAAAGGCUGUUGACUGGCAUGGAGCCUGUAGUGGAGAAGGGUCUACUCGGUCAGGAGUCGAAACUCUUACCGCUGGACCACGAGUCCACGUCGAUCUUGUCGCACGGAGAACGGCUCGUGCUUCGGUCCCUGGGUGACACCGGUGCUCCAAGGGCACACGUGUUGCCCGUUCCAGCUCAGCCUUUUGCCGAGGGCAGCAAGUUCACGCUCCUGACUGAUCGAGAGCUGGACGCUCCCGAAGAUGAUGGAACGCUGUCGGUGCUUCUAUGCAGCAUCUUCCCACCACCCGCCGGGUUCUCCGUCCUCUCGAGCGGAUCAUCUGGCUCGGCGAGGCUCGCCUGCAAGAAUGCUGCGGCGGACGUGUCGAAGCUGCCGGCCUCCACCAACGUUUCGGUCAAUUCAUUCGACGACGCUCCGCCCUUCUCCUACCUGCAGUACGACCUGGCAAAUAUCUCCGACUACGAAUUCAUCGCCGUCGUGGAGAAUGCGAAGGAGUCGACCGAUGGCUGGGUCAUAGCCGAGUUCAGCAACGCGGCCGAGUCGUCGAUCAAAGUGAGCAAAGGGCAUCACCAGAUCCUGAUGAGCGGAAUGAAGGUGGUACUUCCGGCAAAGCGAACAAUGAUGACGGAGCUCAAGAUCCCAGAGGUUCACUCGACGCUGUUCGCAUAUCGUCUGGAAGUCAAUCGAAAGGCUUGCCGGAAGUACGGAGAGAGCUUUGCGCCCCUGAUGCGCCAGUACAUCGCGGAACCGUACGAGUCGAAAUACUUUGUCAACGCGAAAGGUGGCAAUAUCAACGUGCAUGGUCUGUCACCGUAUAUGCCUCCUCCGCUCAUGGGUGGUGGUGCCACUCAGGGUCUCUCGCUGCAGUUCUGGACGGACCCGACGUGCAAUUCGACAAUCGAAGUUUCACUGAAGGUGGACAUGCUCGGCAGCGCGGGGAAGCUCGUGAUGAGGUAUCGCACGGUAUUCGCAGCCUUCCCACUGCUCGUGGUGGCACUGGUCCUGCGCAAACAAUUCAAGGUUUACGACACUACGGGCGUAUUCAUGAGCUUCACCCAGAGCAUGGACCAGUGCAUCCGCACUUCCUUGCCGGCCAUCUUUGUCGCCCUGACGUUCUUCGCCAUCGCGGUCUCGAAGUCCAGCCACAGCAUCUGGACAAGACAGCUCCUGAGCUCAUCGACAGGCACGUCCGAGUCGACCAUUGACUUCACUGUCAACGACUUGAUGCUUGGCACUUCCGAUCCGUUCUUCUGGUUCCUCGUCCCGCUGUUUGCUAUCAUCAGCGUCGGGAUCUGCAUCACCAUGAACUACUUUGUGCUGAUUGUGACACACUCCCUUGCGCUGGUCAUUGGCCGUAUCCGUCUGUGGAUGCAGCGUGAGUCAAGGUAUGCUCUCCACCACCCCAUCGAUGACCUCGAUCUGACUCGCAUGUACAGAAGAGGACUUGCUCCCGUGGCAAGGCCCGCGCAGCAACGGAUCGUCUUGACGACCAUCCUGGUGGUCAUGGUCAUCACACUCAUCCCGUACCAGUUUGCGUACAUGAUCCUCUGUGUGGUGCAGGUGGCGACGUGUAUCCGCGCCCUCACCGGAGCUCAGGAGACGCAGAAGGCGGACAGCUACAACUUCUAUAAUUACACGCACUCGAUGUUGGUGCUGAUGCUCUGGAUCCUGCCCAUCAACAUGCCGGUGCUGGUGGUGUGGGCGCAUAAUCUGGCCGUGUCGUGGCUGACGCCCUUCUCGACGCACCACAAUCUGCUAUCUGUGCUCGGAUAUAUCUUGCUGGUCGAGAUGAUGAGCGAUCAGAAUAUGAUACCGAGAGUUACGAGCCGGUAAGUCGAUGGAGUGCACACCGAGUAAUAGAAGGAUACUGACGUCUUGGGGCAGCGUGCGCCACCUCACCAACACGAUAAUGUUUUGUUUCGCCAUCUUCGCGGCGGCUUACGGCGUGACGUACGCGUACAAGAUGCACUACGCGGUCAACGGAGUCUGCUUCUGGCUCUUCAUCGUGCACCUCUCGAGCGGCCCCGUCUCGCUGGCGAGCUUGGGGCAGUAUAUGUCUGGCAGCGGACCAUCGCAUAGCACACCGCAUCCACCGGAAGCGCCCUGUAGCAAAGUCAAGAAACGACCUUGA